GACUCAGUCUACCCGUCAUUUAAACCACUAUUGUUCUGAUACACAAACGCCGAAUCUUUUUUUUUUCCCGCCACUAUCACCACCAUCGUAUAGAAUGCGAUUUCGAAGCUUGGUCUUGCCCGUGAUGGCCGUUGUCGCCACCGCAAAUGCGCAAUCCUUGCGCGUUUGGACCGGUGUCCGAGGCGGCCAGAACAACUAUGAAUGUACUGGCGACAAUAGCAUUCUAGUAGCAGGCGACUUGGGCAAAUGCUUCGAUGGCCCGACUAUUGCUUGCUGGCAACUCGUGCAGCAGGGCCCCGCCACACUCUCAUUGUUCGCCGGUUCACGAUGCUCCGGACAGGAGCUCUUCGACCCUCUGGGCUCGCCAAUUGGAAGACCUCAAAGCCAGUUCAAGACAUACCAUUCAUACAGGUUCAACCGGCUCGGGAAACGCCAGGAAAACUCAACCGAAGACCUCCAGAUUGUGCAACGCCCAACUGAGGAUCGCCAAAUUGUGGAGAAAAGACAACAAGCGCAGGAUCCAUCCGGACAGAGAAUCACCUUCAACGGCCAAGUAUAUACUUUGGGACAAUUUCUGCGACAUGGACCAGCCGCCUUCGCAUCCAUCUCGGAACUUAUCAUAAGCUCUAUUAGCUUAAGGAUCGCAUCGGGUGACACCAACGGCGCAGUGGCGAUACCAGGAGGACACGAAUUGGACUUUACUGUGUGGGAUCCGGCACCCCAGCAGGGAGCACCCGUACCAAACCUAGUAUUACAACAGAUGUGGCGACUGGCAGCCGUUUAUGCCAACGCGAUCGGCAUAUGGAACUGGCAACUGGGAGUCGCCGACGUUAAUGGAAACACCUUGGGAGUUUUGGAAGCGGAAGGUUGAACAUAUUAUAGCGAGAGGCAGCAAUAUGUGCACUAUUAUUUUUUUUUUAGGUUUUAAG